AUGCUGUCCGCCACUCCUCGGCACGGGAAGGUGUCCCGGGAAAACUGCGGGCCGAGAAAUUCCCGCCCCUUUUUUUCGUCGGCGGCGCCCCUGCUGGGCGCGCCGGCGCGGGGCGAGGAGAAGCGAAGGGAGGAGAGCAGGGAACAGAAGAGGGCGAAGAAGCGGCACUGGGAGUUCACCAUCCCCGCGGAGGCGCAGCUGAACAUGGACACGGAGUCGAGCAACGUUGCGUUGGCAGUGCGUACGGCUGCGGAUGGAGACUCGGGAAGUUCGAGUGGCGAGGAUUUGAUGCUCCCCGGGCCACCGCAGCCCCAAGGCGCAAUGUCCAGCACCGCCAAUGCAGCAGACAAGCCGGACAUGGGAAAACCCAAUGCAGAAGGCAAUGCUCAGCGCCCAAAUUCCCGACGGGCGCGCCCCAGAAGAGCGAGUCGCGCAUCUGCAGGCCCGAAAAUGCGGCACGCUCCCGGGCAGCUGCCCCAGAAGUUCGAUUUCAGGACCGAGGAUUCGCCAGUCCCGAAGGCAGGACGCGGCAAGCAAUCCCGGGAUUGCAGCUCCGCCACGAAAUGCGGAAUUUUCCAUGCCAUUUGGAGCUUGUUUGCGUCGAUUUUCAGAUUCCUUUUUUGGUGCGGGUCGAGGCAGCGAGGGUCGGAUGCUAAAGAGGCGAAUGCGAGAGGGCGGGCCGGUGGGUUGCAGGCCUUCCUAUUUGAUUCAGCGGACGUCGCGGCCGCGGCGUUUGCGCCCGUGCCGACGCGACUGUUCACAGGAGACACGCAGCGGCCACAGCACAGCGUGCUGGAAUUGGAAAACAACCAGGGGCGCAUGGUGUCGUCCAGGACCAUCGAGAUCCUGGCGCCCAACCUCCCCAGGGUGUUCGUCGAUGGGCCCUACGGGGCGCCGGCGCAGGCGUACAUAGGCUACAGCGUGGUCAUGCUCGUGGGCGCCGGCAUAGGGGUGACGCCUUUCAUUUCCAUUCUGAGAGAUUUGCUGCACAGGCUGGCCAAGCAGUGCCCUCACUGCAGAGCGGUAUCUGACGUGCCCGGCAUGAAGAUCGAACGCGCGUACUUCCAUUGGUUGAUACCGUAUCAAAGCGAAGCUUCAUCUUUCGAGCCGUUCCUGGAAGAGCUUGCCGAAGAGGAUCCCCGGUGCAUCCUAGACCUGAACAUUCACAUAACGAGGGACAAGCCCCCGGUGAGGAAGUUUGUCGCCUUUGAAGCGCAGCUCAUUCGGCGUUCACCUUCGUGCUGUUUUUCAUCAGCUGGCAUGGAAGACGAGCACUGUACUAUGAUCCAUCUCCGUGUUGAACCAAGGAGUCCCCUGCUGCGACAUGCAAGACGAAUGAUCGUUUGUGCAUCAAAAGUUCACAUGCCGUUUUGA